AUGGCAUUCAUAACAACAGCUUCAUUUCCAAAUGUGAUCGACAUCACAGAUGGUUUCACGACGAAUCUUCUUUUCCGACAACCUCGUAAAGUCGUAAUUUUGGUAGCCUCAUCUAUGUUCGACAAUAGCUCUUAUGUCAGCUUAGCAUCGAGGAGGGAUGCUAGGAAAUUUGCAGUUUUCACUUUACUAAAUAGUGACAAAGAAAUCACUUCCGAGAUAAUGAAACAAUUCGAUUUGCCCGAACAACAGAAACCGCAAGUGCUCUUGCUCGAUAAGCAAAGUGUCUACCAGCUUCUUCUUGAAGAAAGUACCUCAGCCGAUGCAAUCUGGGAAUGGAUGCAAAAUGACGAUGAUACACCUACUAAACUAUUGUCCGUUCGAGAUCCGCAUCCGCUGCGAUUUUUGCAGAAAGCUAAAGUGGAUGCGGUAUUUGGAUAUCAAAACACGCUGACUUUACCAGAUGAAUCGCUUUUCCAAGAGAUUGUUACACAUGUGGACACACCAGCGAUACCAAGCACUGGCGGUUGCCCAUUCAUGUCAGGUGGAGCAGGCGGUGGAGCAGUACAUGAAGAACUAUAA